CGUACUCUCCAACUCGUGUUUUCAUUCCAGACUACGACAACUCUUCUGUCCAGUUUGAUUUGUCUAUGCAGCAAGAAAUUCGUGGAAUCCCGGAUUCGCAUCGUCCACUUUUGAUUCCAAGAAUUUUCGAUGCUAAAUAUAGACACGUCGACGCUGACAAAAUGUACUUUACUGACGGGUCCCUUAUCGAAGAAUCAACGGGAUUUGGAGUGUUCAACCAGAUUACUAGUGCUUCGUACAGUCUUCAAUCUCCAUGCUCAGUAUACAUUGCGGAGUUAGCAGCAAUUUAUUGGGCCUUAGAAAAUGUAGGCUCACGUCCCGUUGAACACUACUAUAUUGUAACGGACAGUCUCAGCUCUGUUGAAGCUAUCCGUUCAAUAAGACCAGGAAAGCACUCACCGUAUUUCCUCGGGAAGAUACGGGAUAUUCUGAGUGCUUUAUCAAGUAGAUGCUUUGUCGUCACCUUUGUUUGGGUCCCCUCACAUUGUUCGAUAGCGGGCAAUGAGAGAGCAGACUCUCUGGCAAAGGUGGGGGCGAUGGAAGGCGACACGCAUCAGCGUGAAAUCGUCUUCAACGAAUUUUACUUUUUAGUUCGAAGAAACUCUCUUGUCAACUGGCAGCGCAAAUGGGACGAGGAUGAGUUGGGUCGGUGGCUUCACUCGAUUAUCCCAAAGGUUAGCCUCAAACCCUGGUUUAAUAGGUUGGACCUGAGUCGGGAUUUUAUUCGUAUAUUUUCCCGUCUCAUGUCCAAUCAUUAUCCCUUAGACGCGGUACUCUUUCGUUUUGAUAUUGCUGGCAGCAAUUUGUGCAGUUGCGGCCAAGGUUACCACGACAUCGAGCAUAUUGUUUGGUCGUGUGAGGUCCAUCUUGUCGCUAGAACGACUUUCAUAGACUCCCUUCGGGCCCGAGGAAAACCACCCUAUGUUCCAGUGAGAGACGUGCUAGCUGUGCUAGAUUUGGACUACAUGAUCGAAAUCUACAUCUUUCUAAAAGCUAUCGAUCUCCGUCUAUAACCCUAUUUUAUUUUCAUAUUUCCCUAUCUGUCUUCUUUUUUCUUUUAACAAAAGUGCUAGACUAAGAAAAUGAUUGUAAAAAACAAAAAACGAGUGUGGCUCCUUAAAACUUAAACGUAUGAGCCGUUUCAAAUAAAGAAUUAUAUAUAAAAGUAAGUCUUAGGUGUGUUCAACAAAACUCAAUCGAAAUCAAUUGAAAUGGAUUGACAGCUGAUCAGCUGUUUUUCCAAUUGACUUCGAUCGAUUUCUAUCAGGCUGCUGAAUGAACAGUCAGACACUAAUACUAACGUACAGGCGCAGUGUUUUCAGAUUGUUUGUCAGCUUCGUUCAGAAUUCGAAAAGGCGGUUUACUCAAGGCAAAUUGGAAUGAAUCCAACAUUUUGGCCAUCUCAAUGGCAAUUCUUUCCCGUACUAAAGCUGUCUGAAAAAUUUUAGAUUAGGAAGUUGUUGUUCGACUCGAACUAAAUUUGAAUACUAAAAAGGAAUUGUGUUUAGAAUAAUGAGCAAUUUUUAGAGACAAGGAAGGCACAAAAGCGAAAAAUUGUUGCUCUAGGAAAAUAAUUAUUAUUUUUAAAACAUGCGAUUAUGAAAAUAAAAUACAGUGGAUAAAUUUUAUAUUUUAUUAAAAAAAAAUUUCGUGUUUCACAAGAUAGAUCAAAUUUUUCUAUUUCCUUCGGUGGGUCUUGAUGGUCACUAAUUAUUAUAAUUAUUAGAAUUAUUAUAAUAAUCCGAAACUGACUGACAGAUGUAUUGUGAGUGCUAAUUUACAUUUGCAUCACAAUUCUUGUGCAACUGUAGCCGACUGACACCGACACCAACGCAGCAACACCAAAACAGCAUCGACCUAUACCACUAGCACCGCACCACCGAAACAACACGAACUCUCCUGACACCACUUGAUGUUGUGAAAAUACAUUUGAGCUUGUUGUGAGCAGCUGCAGCAACUGAUCCGACUGACACCCGUCACACCACUAUAACUCAGCACCACCGGCACAGCUCCACCGGCACAGCACCACGACGCUCCACCGAUUGACUACACUUUCAUUUGCACUGCAGGUCAAAAACAAACCCAGUCAGCUGUUUUUGACAGUUGUCAACUGCAUGUGUCCUCUUCAGAAACUUUUCCUCGAAGUCACUGGAACUUUUCCGAAACUCAGCGAAUCACUAUAAGAGAAAUAAGCAGUUAUCACUAUAUUAACAAGAGGCAUACAAAAUCUUCAACUCUUAUAGGUAUUUAUGGAAAUAUUCAGCAAUACGGUCGAACAACCUCUUACAGAGUUUUUACUUGUUGGAACGAGGUACAGAAAUCAAAAUUCAUACAAGAUAAUCCUCUUACUUAUAACUGCACUAGAACUGAUGAAUGAACCCAAACGACGACCUUGAAACUAGUUCUUUUUUCUGGUUUCAGAGUUUCGAAGCAAAACCGAUUCAUAACCCAGACCACCCAGACUUCUUAAUUCUCUCUUUUAGCACCUCCAAACGGAUGCCAAUUCCUUAUAGUUCGACUAUCAGAUUGAUCUCAAUAUUUACUUACGCAUUGAUAUCUAAAAUCACAUUCAACAUCUAAGUGAUAAGAAAAAAGGUUUCUAGAGUUAAUUGUUUUAUGAUUUCAGACCUUGUCUUGAAAUAGAUUUGUAUCUACCACAAAAUAUAUCAAUUUUAGACCUUACCUCUCGGGCUCAUUUCUCAGAUUCAGGUUUGGAUUACAUAAUCCAC